AUGCGACGCCGUGACGACGACGAGCUGCCUGAAUACGAGAUGGAAACCAUAGACGGCAAGACCCUGGCUUGCUACAUUCCUAGCGCAGUCGGAAAGACGUUCGAGAUUUUCUUUCGUGGCGACACGCGAGAGGACAUCUAUGGCACCGCCGUGUUGUGCUUUAUCGAUGGCCGGUGCGCCGAAGGCAUUCAUUUCCUGCCCACUGUGAUAGCACGUACUUUUUGGGGCGUACAGAGACCAGACUCACGGACCAUCACCGUUGACCUGCUGAGCUACUGCCCAGACGAUGACUCCAACAGCGUCGCCUUAGAGCCUCAUCCAGACUUGGGUACUGUGGUAGUGAAGCUUGCCUACGUGACCUCCCGGGGCGUCACAGGGCCGUUUCGGAAAAUCGCAGAAGAGUUCAAGCCCGGGAUGGUGCAUGAGAGGAGCAAAAAAUGGGUCUGCAAUGCAUUUCAGUUUCUUCAAGCCGAGAACAUGAUGCCUCUGGAUGAAAGAGCAGCCAGCGAUGCUUCGGAUCAAGCACCCACAGAAUCCAUGCGUCAACCCGUCCGGCCGCCUCAGAACGAACUCGAAGCAGGUGCAAGCCGGGAAAUGACAAGGGAAGCCACUCCUGGUUCAACGACAUUCCCGAAAGAAGAGGAAGAGGACAAGCCUACGAUCGCUCAGUCCGCUGGUCACGAAGACGUCGAUGAGCUCCAGAAGGAGCUCGACUCAGCGCAAGAACGUGUACAGUCACUCCAGAGCAGGCUACAGGCGAUCAAGGCAUCUGGAUCAUCUUUGAGGGUCAAGAGAGAACAGUAA